GAUGAAAUUGUUUUGAAUACACCCUGAGAUGUUGCACUCAAAUGGAAUGGGGAUUCGGGUUUGCAAGUUGGGUUUACUUGCCUUUUUCUGAGCCAGCUGUAAUGAAAAUGUCAUGUCCGCACUUCAGCUGACGUGCAGCCAAUCUUCAGAAUUGGCUCCCAUCAAAUUGAACAGCGAGCGAAUUGUUGAGAGUGAUGAAGAUGUGAAAACAAGCACAACUAUAGCUGAUCAAAGGAGAUCUGGAUUUUUCUCCCUUCUCGUAGACAAAUUCGAUUCCGAUAUUGCACGAGACUCAUCCCGGUGGCCAGAAUUUGUGUGCUUGGACCACAGAACAGCCGAGGAAUGCCGAAAGGCGAAUUCCCUGUCAUUGCCGGCUGGUCCAGCAGCAGCAACUACCGCAGAAUAUGCGCUUGCUGACACCGAAGACGAUGUAUUCGUAGCUGACACGGCACCGGGCACUGACGGCCGUGCGGCAUGCACUGAGUGCAAUGGCGGCGUUGUGGACACGUCCGCUGAUUUGUUCUCUCCCAGCCCGCCGGGUGCCUUGCCACCGCUGUGCCUAAAGUCCCCGGAGAACGCAUCACCCGGACUGGCGCUACACGCGCCUGGAUCGCCAAGUGAUGAACAUGCUAAAUCUCAGCCCGUGCCAUUGGGAGAGCUUCUUUCUGGCAGUGUUCUGCAGUCACCGGCUGAAUUGCCAUCAGCUCAGUUCCCAUCGUAUCAACACACAGCCGCAGUAGCGUCGCCGGCAUCACCCGAGAAGGAUGUGUUGGUAUCCGAGAGGGAUGUGUCGGUAUCCGAGAGGGAUGUGUCGGUAUCUGAGUGCCGUUCGGCGUCGCAGUCCGCAGCUCUCUUCUCUGACAGCCAGCCGCACGUCUCUCACGGCAACGACAACAAUAGCAGAGUCAUGUCACCUCCGCAGUCGGUGGCACUGUUCUCGGAGGGUCCGGGCAGCGCUAACGCCGACGAGAGUACGGACGACGGCAGCAGCCUGACCCUGUGUAACGGUCAACUAGUGAUGGCUACGGCUACAGCAUCUGCCAUGGCAGCUGCUGCUGCUGCUGCAGUGGAAACUAAGCCCGACGUGGACUUGGUGCCACCGACAUUUCUGCCAUCGUUCUGCAGCACGCCUUCAAGAAGACGCGUGGCAGGGAGGAUCAACACUGAUGGGGAACUUGCGACGUGUGACACGUCUGGCAGUUUUACCACCUCGACAGUGCCCGUUGAGUCCGAGAGCGCUGGUAAAUCGGCCGCCGCCACACCUAGCUUCUCAAGCGUUCUGCAACAGCCCGUGCUGCGCUGGAGCAAGUCGCUUGAGACGCCAAUUGACUCGCAGUUCAAUCUGAAUGUGACUGCCGCCGUUUCACCAGAUGCGUACACGACGGGCUCUGACGGGACGACGUUUGACGGUUCCCCACACACACUGCAGCGACAUGGGCAAGGUACGCAGGGCCGAGGAAUCUCAGCGACCAUUACGCCAUCUCGUUCUCGCCAGCCUCAUGGACGUGUUCUGUUCACUGGCGGUGAAGGUGGAAAGGGUCACUCAACGCAGUCCAGCCAUACACUGUGGCGAGAUCAGGACCGGGGCAGUGAAGCCGGGGACUGCGAAGGCGGCAAGGGCAAGAUCGAAUCCGAAGUACCCUCAGGGGACAACCACGGUGCACCGGCUACGCAGCUGGAGUCAUCCACUUCACAGCACAAACUGCAUGCUGAGCAUGCCAGAGCAGCAAGCUGCCAGACAAUCUCUACUGUAUCGGCUCAGAGCUGCCGCAUCAAUAUGCCUGAAACCGAGGAGGAGCAGCAGCCAGCAUCGUCUGAAAAAUUGUCCUUCGAGUGUGUUCUUCACGAGCAGCCUACACCGGGUGCAGCCUCCAGUGGUGGAGCUGCUAGCUAUUCUCCUUCGCUGCCAGGACAGCCACCUUGUACUCCGAUUUCCGGUAUGAACGAGGAGAAGCUGUAUAGCGAGCUGGCCCUUUUCUCGGAGCAUGCCUUGUUUUCUGACUACACACAGCCUCACACGCGUGUCCCUAUGCCGCCUGGUGCUGCGGAGGAAACAAGUGGUUCCCCAUCUUUAUCAGCCGCAGUGUUCGGAGACUACGCUGCUGUGGAUAAGCGAAGUCCAGCUCAGUUGCUAUCGGGUGGCAGCGUAGUCAAGACCGCUGCAGUGACGUCAGCCUUGUCCACUGCUACAUCACCCCCAGGUGUUGCGGAUACGCCAGACGAACGCAGGUCUCUCAGAGCGAUAGCUGCAGCCACACCCUCAACAUCUCGCCAAGUACCAAUGGCCGUGGAUUCCCAGGCACCAGAAAAAAGGGGGAGACUCUUUUGUUAUCCAGAUGAUCGUGAUAAAAGCACUCCCAUGCCGCUGAAUGCACCAUGUGCUGUGGUACCCGAUCAUCCGGCCGUGAAAUCCCCAACCAUGGUCACUCAGUUGAGACAGUCAAAAUCUCUGCCUCAGGAGUCUGGUGCAUCACCUUCAACUCUUGCCGCUGUCGUUCCUAGCGAAGAGCGAGAAGUUCAGAGACCGCCGGUCACUUGCACUCCGACUUCACUGGCAGCUCAGGAAGUUGUGGACACGAGCAACAAGAAUGGGCCAGCCACCUUCCGUAUGUUGUCUGGGCGCGCCGUGCAAGUAUCCGAAGACGAACUAGUGAAGGCCCGGCUGCUUUUAGAAGCUGAUGUUGAUGAUGCGCUACAAGCCUGCGCAAUAAGUCCGCAGCCAGUGCAUGAACAAAGCAAUGCAGGUUUGGCCAACGCCCGCCCUGACCCCACUCGGCCUACUAGUGCUGGCAUUGAAUCUUUAGCAGUGACUAGUGAGCACCAUGAACAAAGCAAUGCAAAUUUGGCCAGCACCUGCACUGACCCCGCUAGUGCUGGUGUUGCGACUGCAGCAGUGACCGGUAAACAGGGUGAUGGUGUAGACAGUAUCCGGAAUGCCGACCCUGCUAGCGCCGACACCAGGCCAACUGUGCGUAUUCCUGCACCAAGCCCAGCUCAAGAGUGUUUGACUGCCCCCAAUAUUUCAGCUGAUGACAAGCAACAUGUUGCUACUCCCAUUACUCCAGUCGCCCGCCAUAUUUCAGCUGAUGACAAGCAACAUGUUCCUACUCCCAUUACUCCAGUCGCCCACAAUAUUUCAAGUGACGACAAGCAACAUGUUCCUACUCCCAUUACUGCAGGCACCCACAGUGUUUUAGCUGAUGACAAGCAACGCGUUCCUGCAGCUCGAGAGUGUUUGACUUCCCACAGUACUACAGCUGAUGACAAGCAACGUGUCCCUGUUCCCAUUACUCCAGUCGCCCACAGUGCAACAUCCGCCACGGCAUGUCGCGUUGUCCAGUCCAGCAACAAGACUGGAGUUGCUACCUUCCGUAUGCUGUCUGGACGUUCGGCCGUCGUGUCGGAGCGUGGCUUGGAGCAAGCCAAGCAGAUACUGAAGGAUGUUGACGAGGAGCUCGGCCUUGUUGCUGAGCCCAAGCACCAAUCGAGCGAGACAAUGUCAACACCAAGACAUAUUCGGCAUGAAACGGCCUCGUUCAAGGCACCCCGCCCAGCACCGCAGCUAGUAUCGUCUCCGAGUUCAGACACUGCUCAUCAAGUCGGUGUGAAAAGCAUUCCCUUGCCGGAAAACUCCGUGAAACUUCUGGAGACUGGCGUGUACACGAGCCCACUCGCUCUUACGGAUCAGGAAAUUGACAACCUGUCGGCCGCGUGCGUGUCCGUGCCGUUUUCUCCGACGUCUGCUCAGGAUCUGAUGGAAUCCGGUGCCCAUUCCAGUGCUGCUACUGCCUCUGCUGGGCUGUCAUCAGUGACUAUCAACAGGGAUGGCUUUCCGAGAGUACCGCCAUCACCAUCUGUGGAAGCAAACCCAGAAACGGCUUUGCCAGUAUGUAGUGAACCAGCAGCAGGGACUGGUCGUGGUGGAACAGCCGAUCCCGUGUGGCAACCGUCUGCACAUAGAAUGAGUGAUUCAAUCGAUGAAGAGGCACUUGUAGCCGUUCUCGAAGGCAUGGGGUCUCCGCACAGUGACGCGGAAGUCCAAUUACAUGAAAACCCGUCUCCUCGGGCGUCGUAUACGGCAGCGAGUCAACACACUUGCGGUGCAAAAUCCACUUGCCCCGAGCCAGAGGCCCAAUCCAGUUCACUCCCUAGUGUUGUUGCAAGUGUUCAGCCAUUACAACCUGCCAUCAGCAGUACCGUGUGUCACGUCCCAAAGGCAGACCUCUCCACCUGUGUUAGCCAGAAGUCAAAUUCAGUAUCUACAAGCUGUGCCCUGCAUCCUGUCCAAUCGACAUCGAUUUCAGCACCUCAAUCACCAUCUAAAUCCACUCGCAGCGAAGAUAGCGAUGAAGAUGGAUGUGUUGCCCAGAAUGACUACCAUGGUUCAGUGAGAGCUGCCAUCGAGCAGUGUUCCGAUGAGAAUCAGCACACUAGCGUGAAGGCACUGGACGAGUGCCUGUCCCCGCUGCGUGAACGCACACCCAGUGCUGUUGAUCCUCUAGACUGCCUGAUGGAUAUGCUAACCGGACAAGCGACAGACAGUCCACCACGAUCACCGCCGGCGACUAAUUCACACGCGGGACAGGAUUUUACUGACGGAGUCGUAGCUGCCGAUAGCAUUGCCACUGCAUGCCAGUCAUCUUCUGACGCAUACCCGCUCCUCAGUGAUACUAAGGCCGGUGGUUCCACUGCAACGGCAGAGCAACAACCAACCGAGGAGGAGCAGCAGUGCUUUCAUGAGACCGAGGGCUUUAGCUUACCUUCCACGGCAGAGCAGGUUUGUCUUGCCGAGGCAGCGUUCUGUAACAUGUCGGGAGGUGUUGCAUACCCAAAGCUGGAUUCAUCGGAUGAUGUGGAGGACGGUUGGCGCAAGUCGGUCUCUAUCUCACCCAGUGCUUGCAAGAGCCAUGCUCUCUCUCCUGAACAUGCAGGCAUCGUGCGUAGCUCAAUGAUGGAUGACGGGUCGGGAAAGAAUGUCGUGCGGGAUGAUGAGCAUGCCACUGGUAGCGUCACGCCAGUCCAGUGCCCAGGCAAUGCACAAAUCGGCGCCAGGCGUGGCCAUGCGUUGUCCAACGCUCAGCGCACUCCUGCCGCCAAAGCCAGGGUUUGCUCGCCGAGCCGCUUCACCGACCUCGGCUCUCCCGUCCUGCAGCCGCCCCGGGGACUGACCGGUCUCGCAGAGGAACAGCCGUGUGAUUUGGAUGAAUCUGGGAUGAAUAGUAAUCUAUUCCUCGAAGCACUGGACAUGGCCGCCGCUUCCGCUAAUGAUGCCAAUCAGAAAGUGGAUGUGCUGCCGAAGCUGCCACUUCAAGAUGCAUACCGCUCGGCCAAGGGCAGUGCAGAUGCGGACGACUCCGGCGUUGCAAGCAUGGCCGGUAGGUCUUCCAUCUCACCGCUGCUGCUGCUCGAUGCGAGCGCUCACCGGCAGCCCGACUCUGGCCUCCCUGGCGGUGCCCUCGGGAAAUCUACUGUGAAGGAAUCAACGGACAGCCCUGCGUCGAGUAGUCGCCCAUCUCCGCCUCUUGCACCGUGCAAAAAACACGAGCAGCCAGGCGGCAUAGAGGGGAUUUCCCCUGCAGCUAAAGUUCGUGAUAGUGGAGCUGCCAGCGUGCUGUCCGCAGAGGGCAGCGCGGCUAAAUCGUUGCAGCCCGGGUUGAGCCCGGUGUGCGCCGGGUUCUUUACAGCCGCCGGCUCUCCCAUCCUUGUUUCUGCCAAGGCGUACGCGAGAGCAAGCAACGUGCUGGAUGACGUCUGGAGCGAUCCUCAGUACACUUCAAUACGUGGCUCUGCGAAGAAACCGACUGCACCGCAACCUGGGAUUGCAUUAUCGGGUUCUCGGAAUGCGAUGCAGAGCGAUGGAGUAAGCAGAUCGGACUGCGGUCAGCCUGAACAGUGUGCCACGAUUCCUGCGAAGACGUGCAUGCCGGAGCCAGUGCGAACGGCAACGACUGAUGCGUCUGCUCUUCAGAGUGAGAGGACUGACUUGCAAGUACACGGUGUGGAUGAAGUCACAGUGCAUGAGGGAAUGGCUCCCAUCGAAGCAGAUGUCCAACUGGAGGACUCAGUGCUUGAGUUGGCCGUGAGCAGUUCUAUGCCGCUGUCUCCAUGUGCCGCUCCAGCUGUGAGUGAGCGACAGCAGACACCGCUUGACAGCAAGGAAGGCAUAUGCGCAACUGGGUUCUCAACUGGCAGAGGCGCAGUGUUAUCUGCGCCCAGGAAAUCACUCGGAGUUGCAGCUGCGCGUCUGCAGGAGUUUGAUGUGGAAGUGUUGCAGUUUGCUGGAGGUUCAGAGUUUGCGGCUGCUUCUGCAACUUCUACUGUUCAGCGUGACAGCACUGGAGCUGAUGCGUCACCACGGGUGGGUGAUUAUCAUGUCACUGGUGAUUCAGGACAAGCUUCACGGCCUGCGGAUACACCUGCACCACUCCAGUCUGGCGUAGGAAAUGCUAAGUUUGAGCUUGAUGGCGUGACGAGCGUCCAUCAUGAAGUGUUGUCACCGCAUUCGGCCACGUCUGGCAUUGCUGCGUGCGGGGCUGAGCGAGAACGGGUCAAGGCAGCCACAUCCACGUGCGUUUCAUCCUCAGAGAUUGCCCAAGCAGAUACGACGAACGAUGAGCAACCCGAGGACGACAUGCUCAGUGCUAGUAGCAAGAGAACAAGUCCGGCGUGUGGAGAAGUGUCACCCAUUCUUGUGUGCGCUUCUGCGGCUGUGCGAAGUGAUGCUAGGUGCGCUAUAUCAGCAUCACCUGCAUGCAUACUGAAGCAUUCUCCCGUGAUGAUGGGCGGGCAGCUGUUAGUGCACAGCAGCGAAGCGACGGUGCAUGCUGCAGACAACAGCACGGCACAACAGCCCUGGCACAUUGCCACGGCCGUGGCUGGAGGACCGAUGCGACAAGAGAGGUCGUCCACGGCUUCGCCACACCAGCGGAGUGUGGUUGCAGUCGCUACGACUACCGUCGCGUGGGAGGCACUGCCAAAUACCGAGGACGACUCAGGCAAGAUAGUGCAACUCACUGCGCCUGGUUUCACUAGUGUGUCUGACACAAGUACCUGCACACCGGCAGUAGCCUGUGCUCAAAGCCCGCUUGAUGAUGACUGCAAGGUAGAUGCCCCCAUUCGGCCAUUGCCACCUGCUGAGAUGGAAACAUCACUAUCUAAGACUUACUCAUCUCCUAAAAGCGAGUCACACUAUCCUACUAAAGCUGCGUGUAACUCCACAGCUGCUGAAGUAAAGGUGAUCGGAGACAUGCUGUCAGUCGUUGGCGCUGGUUCAGGCGUAGAGCCGAUCCUUUCCAGCUCGAGUAGCCCAGGAUUGAACAGUUCCGCGACCAUACCUACCAUGACUGGUUUUAAAACUGCAGCCGGAAAGGCUGUAUCUAUCUCGGAGAAGUCCAUGGCGCUGGCCCGGAAGCGUGCAAAUGAGGAUAGCGACGGCAUACCACCAGUCGAUGAAGACAGCACUGAUCGUCCUGAUGUGUCCAUUCCACCAGCAAACAACUCCAAAAGCACGCAAGCCUUGACUGGCUUCAAGACUGGCGCUGGGAGAAGUGUCUCUGUGUCCGCAACGGCAAUGGCUUUGGCCCGAAAGCGGGCCCACGAAGAUAGUCAUGAUGUGCCGCCAAUUGUUGAAGCUACUGUUGCUGUGCCGGCGAAUCAUCCCGCACCCUCUAGCCCAGUGCCAAGGAAACCUAGUACACUGUCUGUGACUGGUUUCAAGACCGGCGCAGGGAAAAGUGUGUCCGUGUCCGCAAAGUCGCUUGCUCUUGCUCAAAAGCGGGCGCACGAUGAUAGUGGCGACGAUUUGCCGCCAAUCAUCAAAGCAGCUGCUGGUGUCGUUACGCCAAAACGUCCCAGCUCGACUACCCCAUCAUUGAAGAGACCAAGAGUGACUGGCUUCAAUGCCCCUGCACGAAAGAGCGUGUCCAUCUCAGAGACGCCGACCGCUCAAAAGCAGCCGCAGGCCGUUAGGGCCCAGAGUGAAUCAUCAUCCACUGCCACAGAAACAGCGGUCGUGUCGAAUAGUCCCAGCUCGGUACCCAUCAGUUCUGCCAACAUGCUAACUGUGACUGGGUUCAAGACUGGCACGGGAAAGAGUGUGUCUGUGUCGGAAAAGUCACUGGCUUUGGCUCAACGGCGAGCCCGCGAUGAUACCAGCGAGGACACACUACCAGCCAUUGGCACCAGCUCAGUUGAAAUGCCACUCAAUCCCAACUCGGCUAGCCCAGAAGGAAGCAGACUGGCUACGACCGGUUUCAAGACCGGUGCAGGUCAACGUGUGUCUGUAUCUGCAAAGGCCAUGGCUCUGGCGCGAAAGCGGGCUCGUGAUGACAGUGAGGAUGUGCCAUCGAUAGCGGAAGCCGCUCCUACUGUAUUGCCGAAGCAGUCAAAAUCGUCUAAUCUGUUAAUGAACAACUCCACUGAUGCACUCACUAUGACUGGUUUCAAGACCGGUGCAGGGAAAAGUGUGACCAACUCCACUGAUGCACUCACUAUGACUGGUUUCAAGACCGGUGCGGGGAAAAGUGUGACCAACUCCACUGAUGCACUCACUAUGACUGGUUUCAAGACCGGUGCAGGGAAAAGUGUGUCCAUCUCCGCAAAGUCGCUGGCUCUUGCUCGAAAGCGAGCACACGAUGAUGGCGGCGAUGACAUUGAUGCAUCCCGACAGAUUGGCGAUCAGUCAUCCACCACUGGCGAGCAAUGUGUGACUGCCUUCCACAGUGCAACUGGCAGCGAACUGGCUGUCUCGCGGAAGGCAAAUGAAUGUGCAUCCAAGAUCUCCGAUGACGAUGCAGAUGGCGGCAGUGUAACCAGCAGAUCAUCCAAUUCAGCGCUACCCAUGACGACAGGGUUUACUACCGCAGCUGGCAAAAGUGUCUCUGUGUCCAGCGAGCUGCUUGAUACAGCCCGGGCUCUCUUUGGCGACAGUCCCAUGCCGUUGUCGAAACGUCGCAAGCACGAUGGCACCAUGCCAGGAAAGGGGCCCAAUGAGUCCGCCGUUCGUACCGACAUAGCCAGAAGUACUGAUGUGCCUGCAUUGGAUAAGAAGAGCUUGGAUGUGGCAUGUGCAAUGUUAGGAAAUGAUCUCACAGGUCACGACAGAGCACCCGGGCAUGAUGGCACGCUCGCUGAUGCUGGCAAGUCAUCGUCCAAGCCACUCAUGCCUGGUUUCAGCACGGCCGGUGGUGGCAAGGUGCUCCUCUCGCAGGAAUCCCUGCACUUUAUUCGCAGUCAGCACGACGCCUGUGAUGGUGACGGAGACAAGCGAGAUGUUUCACCACACGCACUUGCUAUUGCUCAGUUCACUGCAGGAAACCAGAACGGCAAGCCGGCUGUAAUGCCCGGAUUCAGCACAGCAUCGGGUACAGAGGUUUCUGUGAACAAGGCAUCGCUGGCCGCCGUACAGGCCGCUUUGCAGGCAAACUCUGAAGCGAGUCGUCCUCCGUCACACUCCUUUGCAUUUAGCACGGCGGCCGGAAAGGCCGUAGGCGUUUCAGACAAGUCCAUGGCGUUCGCGAAGUCCUUCUGGUCGGAUGAUACGGCAGCAGAUGCUGGGAAAGAUGCCAAAACUCACCAGCAGUCCGGCAGCGGUGACGGCACUGCCACUGGUCAACAACAGUUCCGAAGUCCAACUGGCAGUGCUGUACCGCGCCAGCCUGUUGCCUCGGUGCGCAGUAGCGUGGCCACGACACAGAUCGGCGUGCAUCUGGCGUCAGCGUGCAGUGCAACUGCUACCACUGCUGCCUCCGGCGAUGCGGUCACGCCCGUGAUUCCUAAAACGCGCUCUCAUCGUACUUCGCUCAAGACGGACAAACGCGGUGGCGGUGGUGCCUGCGGAAGCCCGUGUGUGGAUGCUAGCACUAUGGCGAUGCACGGUGGUCAUGAUCAAGUACCUACUGCUGCUGCACCGGUCACGACUCCUUCCAUGAAAUCACAUCGCAAGUCUCUGGCACCUAGCCGCAGUACCCCAUCAGAGUUCCUCCGCGAUCGUGCCAUCGGUUUGUCGCGCAUGACUCCCCAGCGCUGUCUGCCGCGAGAAUCGCGCGGUGCUAGCUCAUCAUCCUCCUCUUCGGCCCUGUCAAACAUCUCCAAUGUGAGUCGACGGCAUGGUGUAGCCGGCCAAUCUCCGUUCAACACUCCAUUCCGCCAGGUGACACCAAGACAUCCAGACAAGGCAGCGAUACACCGUCCAUCAUCAUCAUCAUCAUCAUCAGCCAAAUCCAAUCCGACCGAAGCAGCGGGUGACAGCAAGCAGCAGGCGACAUCGUCCAAGGGGAGCUGCCGUCCGCAGAUUGGUCGUCUGUUGCAGGCGCGGCAAGAUGGGCAGCGUAUCAGACUCGCAUCUCUGUCCGGUGGGCCGCCAGAGCCUCAGACCAGAGACGAGCUACUGAUGUUUGGUGUUUCUGAGGAGACUUUGAGCGUCUCGAGCAGGUCGGCCGGAGCAUUCCGCUUCACGGCGAGCAACUUCUUCAGCUCGUCUGCAUGCCAGCAGGACAAAGGCAUUCGUCUAGCAGAUGGUGGCUGGCUGGAGAUUACAGAGAACACUGUUGGCGUUGAGGACAUCGGAAAGGCCUUCUUCAGCACUCCUGGCGUGGAUAAGAGGCUGGUAUCGGACGCCUGGGUUCGAAACCAUUACCGAUGGAUCGUCUGGAGCUUGGCAGCUCAAGAAGUGGCUGCUGCAUCGCAGCUUGGCGGAAGACUUCUAACGCCGGAGAACGUUCUGCUGCGCUUGAAGUACCGCUAUGAUCGGGAGAUCGACCGCGCUCAGAGAUCCGCUCUGAAGAAGAUAUUCGAACUGGACGACAGCCCUGCGCAAGCAAUGGUGCUGUGUGUUUCCGGCAUACUCCCUGCUGCCACCAGUACCGCUGCCAGUGCCUCCACUACUAGUAUCGCUACUCCUGCUAGUGCCAGCUCUGCGCAGACGCCUUCGUCCAACGUUGGUACUCCAACGCCAACGAAACAAGCUCGCAGUGCGGGCGGGAUGGCCACUACGCCGGCUUCAGCCUCUGCUACUGCGCAGUCCGGCACAAAGACUACACGCGACCAAGCGGUUACACCAGGCACUGCAGAGCCUACAGACCCACCGUCGCUGGCACACGUAGAGCUGACUGACGGCUGGUACAAGAUGCCGGCAACUCUCGAUGCACCACUGCUGGCUCUUGUCCGCAGGCGCGUCAUUCGGCCCGGCACCAAGCUAUUUCUAAUCGGUUCUGAGUUUUCCAACCCACCGCAGGCUACGCCACCGCUUGAAGCGCCAGCUACUGUGUGCCUGAAGCUGUGUAUGAACAGUACACGACGUGCUCGCUGGGAUGCCAAGCUCGGCUUCCACCGCUCUCCCCAACCGUUCACCUGCACCAAACUGAACGGUCUGUCGGCGACCGGUGGACGAGUGCCCAUGAUUGAUGUGGUCGUGCAGCGCAAAUACCCGACUCUGUGGAUGGAAAGAGAGGCGGAGAGCGGACGGUGCAUUUUCCGCAGCACGCGAGCAGAAGAGACCCUCAAACGCCUGCAUGACCAGCAGAGGGAAGCGCUGGCGGAGGGAGCGUACGAGCGGGCGCUAAAGGAGUGCGAUGAGUCGGACGACGACGAUGAAGACGAGGAUGGCGGCAUCACCAGCCUUGCCAAGCGCCGUCGUCUGAUGUCUGAACGACUGACGGAACUAGAGACGGGCAGCCAACUCUACCGUGCUUCCAAGAAGGCAUCGGACCCGGAUAGCUUUCUCAUGGACCUGAACGAGUGCCAGCUUGCGGCACUGAACGCGUUUCGGCUUCAAAAGCGUGAGAAACGCCGCAUCCAGAUCCAUGAUUCUCUUGCCGGCGAGCUCCAGAGUGCUACACGCAAUGUGUCAUCUGUGCUGGCCGUGCGUGUCGUUGGUCUUCAGCCGUCACCGUCGCAGCGAGAAAGUCUGGGCACCAUGCUGUCGGUGUGGCGGCCGACGGAAGACGUCGAGCAACUGCUUGCUGAGGGCAGCUGCCUACGCAUCACAUCUCUUACUGCUAGUCAUGCCAAAGGUCGGCGUAUGGCUGGCAGUGUGCAGCUGGCUGUUACCAGGACAACUCGCUAUGAUGUCAUCACCGAUCCCGCUGUCGUCAAGUAUAAAGACGAUGUGUACAUACCGCGGCAGCUGAUUGGGUUUGGUGAUCUGGACAAAUACAAGGCAGCCAUUUUGCCUCCGUUUCAAGAGGUUGAUGUCGUUGGCAUUGUUGUUCUCGUUUCCAGUGGCUCUGUAAGCCAUAGCAAUGCAGAUCGCCAUCCCACCGCCUUUUUAGCCAACAGCGAGCAUCAGCUUGUUGCUAUUACUCUCUGCAAUGACCUGCAGCAUUUUGCCUGGAAUGAGCUGUUGACCGUGGGCAAGACGAUCAGCGCGUACAAUCUCACAUGGAGUGCUCAGCAGCUCGGCGUGCCCACGCUUCGCACGUCCGACCUGUCAGCGUUGAGCAGCAACCCGCGCGAGCAGAGUACACGCAAGGCCUUGCAGCAGCUGCGAAGCAGCAGCUCGCCAGAGUACGUUGAUACAAUGACGAGCUGCGCGCAGGACGUGCUAGCGCUGAGAGACGAGACCCUCGACCUGGUCACGGCCAGUCAGGACCUGCCCCGACCGCGUACAAUGACGCCCAUGCCCGCGCCAACUAGCACCGAGCACGCGAAGGACCCAGCCAAGGAGCCAGCUAGCACCAUGCACGCGGCACGUCAGUCACCGGCAGGAGGUACGUCGGCCAGUGCCAAACGAAAGCAUGCGUGCGAUGUGCUGGAAAGCUACCCAUCACCGCCACCACUACAGGAGCUGCCACACAAGCCACCCAGAGCAGUCUUGAAGGAGUUCAAGUCUCCAGCAGUCCGCAAAACCUAGCCAUAAGACUUGUUUGUGCCAUUUUCCCCAAGGCCCUGCAAGGCCCAAGUUAGCAGCAGUCCACAGAACUGAUAUACACGCCUACUGUUGGCGUGCUUGCUACAGCAAUGAUGCAGCUUUGACUUCAGUAUUAUAAUCACUACUCAACUCCAUGCUCCAUCCGUACAUAUCCAGCAUAUCAAAAAUACAAAAGUUCUGCUUGCCAUUCAAAUCAUACGUUACUCCAUGAGAGUCCCAGCUUUGCGGAAAGCACAUCCACAUCAAACUGUAUUACUUUGUACAUGCAACAACACAGCACGCAAUUGCCAAGGGGUUUGUAGAAUUCUAAACCAUACCACCUUCAUCCACCGCAGAUCUGACCGGUGCAGUCUCUCUAGGAAAGAAUCGCAUAAUAUCAUUCUUAUCUCCACGGAAACUAUUUAACUUAUUAUUUCAUUUUUUCUGUCAUUGACACUGAUACUGGUUUAUCAGCUGCAUGGGCAUUGUGUUCCGACUCUCUACUGUGAGAUGUAUUGCUCUGGACCGUCGACUCUUGCUCCAGAUAUUAGCAGGAGUACACGAUCAAGUUAUGUAGUCCUA